GACGAUAGAACUUCUCCUUACAUCGCUUGUAGCUACGAAACAUUCAUCCAAUCCGAAUAGCUAGCAUCUCCUACAUUUUAUCCUUUUUAUCUACAAGCUGUUGACUUUCCGAAAAUGCUUGUACCACAACUCGCUACGUUUACUCUUCUCGCAAGCACUGUGCUCGCGGGAAAGGGAUGCAGGAGAUGCGACUGUCACGUUUCUCUAAGAUCAUGGAUAAACCAGUACGAUGCGGAUGAGGCAGCAGGGUCUGCGCGUCAGUGGGUUCAACGUCUGGUAGCGAAUGGCGACUUUGAGCAAUUCCAAAUGAGUGCGGCGCCAAGUGCGAAAUGCACUUCGCAGAAAUGCGACUACUGGCAAGCCUGGUUUAAGGCAUGGAGGCUCUGUGCUAAUGGCAGUAGCUACUCUUGCUCAUCAGGCGCAUGGGGUACCCUACGGUACACGAUCGACUGUUCCAAUUGCGAAUCUGGUUUUCUAAAUGGCGGUCGGAAAAAUUCUAGAUGGCGGUUUCACGCUUUGGGACUUUAG